UUGCUGCGUUAGUGACCUACACAAAGAGGGAUGACGUUGCCCCUGGGCGCUCACCACACUGGACAAUUGCACUUACUGAUCCAAGGGACAGUGCUUUGGUAACAAGGAGGACAGCAUGAGUGGGCAACGUGUCGACGUUAAAGUGGUGAUGCUGGGAAAAGAAUCAGUUGGGAAGACAAGCCUUGUUGAGAGAUAUGUGCACCACCGCUUCCUGCAGGGACCGUACCAGAAUACCAUAGGAGCUGCAUUUGUUGCCAAAACUAUGUACGUGGAAGGACGCAGUCUAACAUUGGGAAUAUGGGACACUGCUGGGUCUGAACGUUAUGAAGCCAUGAGUCGCAUAUAUUACCGAGGGGCCAAAGCUGCUAUAGUUUGUUAUGAUCUCACUGAUGCCAGCAGUUUUGAACGAGUCAAAUUCUGGGUGAAUGAGCUGCAGAACUUUGAGGAGCACUGCCGGAUUUACAUUUGUGGCACCAAGAGUGACUUACUUGAAAAUGAUAAAAGCCUGCGUCAAGUAGACUUCCAUGAUGUCCAGGAUUAUGCCGAAGAGAUUAAAGCCCAUGUCUGUGAGACGUCAAGUAAAACUGGACAAAGUGUUGAUGAGCUUUUCCAGAAAGUAGCUGAGGACUAUGUGAACUUUAAUUCUAUGCAGGGACCAACAGAGGCAAAAGGUGUGGAUCUGAAUCAGAAGCAAAACUCCACGCUGUACUCCUGCUGCCAUCACUAGGCUAACAAGGUGCCAUGUGCCCAGGCACCCACCAACAUCUCAGACUGCCUUUUGUUCUAGAUUUUGUUUUUCUUACAGUGACUUUGACAUGGUGAUUGCAAGAAAAUUUUAUUCCUCAUUCCUGUGUUUGGGAAAAUGAAUUUUUUGCCAAAUAUGCGUACUGCUGUAGUUCAACAUGUCUUGCUGCACACACUGAUGUAUGGAAUAAAGAACUCUCACUGGACACAACCAUCAUGGAUUGUCUGAGACUUCUCUAGGGGGUCCUAUACAUUUAAAUGAUGUACACAUUGCAGACUGCUU